UUUUGUUUUGAGGCAUUUUUCAACAUAAUGUCUUGGGAGCUUUGAGCAUCAAGCUAUAUUAUGAUUCUGCUAUUUCUGACUUUGGUAUAUUUAUGAAUCUUGUAGGUACAUCCAUGUCCUGCCCACAUAUCAGUGGGUUAGCAGCAUUGCUCAAAGCAGCCCAUCCGGAUUGGAGCCCAAGUGCAAUCAAAUCCGCGCUCAUGACUACUGCCUACACACACGACAACACCAAAUCCCCACUUCGUGAUGCUGCAGAGGGUGCAUUUUCUACCCCAUGGGCUCACGGAGCAGGCCAUGUCGACCCACGCAAGGCCCUCUCUCCAGGCCUUGUAUACGACUGCACAGCAACGGACUACAUUGCAUUCCUCUGCUCAUUGAACUACACCAUUGAGCAUUUACAAGCCAUUGUUAAGCGCCCAAACAUCACAUGUUCCAGAAAAUUAGCUGAUCCUGGCCAACUCAACUAUCCUUCAUUCUCAGUCCUGUUUGGGAAGUCAAGGGUUGUACGAUACACCCGUGUAUUGACGAAUGUGGGUGCUGCAGGUUCUGUCUAUCGCGUGGCAAUUGAUGCACCCCCAACAGUUGUGGUGACAGUGAAGCCAACAAGGCUGGCUUUUGGAAAUGUAGGGGAUAAGCAGCGGUAUACUGUGACUUUUGUAUCAAAGAAGGGUGCAGAUGAGACUACUAGCGAUGCAUUUGGCUCAAUUGCCUGGAACAACGCCCAAAACCAAGUCAAGAGUCCAGUUGCUUUUUCCUGGACACGGUGAUUAGCUUAGCAUGGUUAUAUUUAUGAGCUUACUUGAUGUUGAAGACAGCUCGAAUGACUCUGAUCCCAUUGGAGAACUUGCAGACAGGAAGACGGAUGAGAAAGGGAGGAAAAUCCCUCUGCAAGUAAAAUUGUUUACCGGUAAACUUAAGGAAUAGAAUUAAGCGUAGCCAUGCUAGUAUUAACGACGUGUUGGGUUGCAAGUGAAAAUUAAAGUGAAUUUCUACCCAACUUAAAUGACAACUUAGCUCCACAUUUACCUUGUUGGAUCCAUGGCAUCUCACAUUCUUAAAGGAGAUCUUCCAAAAUUUUGCUAGUCAUGGGUUAUUUCUUGGCUUCGUAUUGCUGAACACCAUCCAAUGUGCUUAAUUAAACCACAAGGCAUACUGAAUUUCUAGCACAUAUGAUUAAUUAUGAC